CACGAGCAAGAGAAGAAGGGAAAAAUAAGCCGCACGAACGUGAACGUCACUCCCUGUACGGGUGUAACCAUUGCUGAGCUGACUGAGACGGUUAUAUUUGUCUGAACAUAGCACUGAACUAUCAUGCAUCGAGGCUACGGCUCUGGUAACUCCAGUUGGGGAGGUGGAGGAUCAGGCAACAGAGGCUCUGGCUUUGAGCUGUAUGGAGGGUCCUAUAAGGACUCAAUGUCUGGCCUUGGUGGCUAUGGAGGAGGUGGCAGUGGAGGAGGUGGCAGUGGAGGAGGUCAUAUGAAGAGAGGUCUAUCUGGAGCAUCCCUGCUCUCAUCUUCAGGCACAAAUGCAGAUGCAGUCAUUGCCAAGAUCAACCAGCGCCUGGACAUGCUCACUCAGUUGGAGGGUGGGUUGAAAGGGAAUCGUAGUGACAGGUUUGACCAGUACGAGUCAUUCGACUCGCGCACGUCCUCUCUGGCCUCCUCCCGAGAUCUCUACAGAUCUGGCGGCAGUAGCUAUGGUUAUGGUGAUGACCGUGGGGACAACCUGCUGUUGGGUCAGCGAGGAGGCUCUGGCUUCGGAGGGGGAAUGGGGCUUGGGGGAGGAGGAGGAGGCUUUGACAGCCUGUCCUCUUCCUAUGGAGUCGCUAAAAUGCGACAGAAUAUGAGGGAGUCCUUCGGCAGUGGCCAGGGAGGAGUUUCUGGAGGUGGAGGAUGGGCUGGAGCAGGCCGACGUUCCCCCAGAAGGGGUGGAAGUGCCGGGGGGCGAGGAGCUGGAGGAGGGUUUGGAAGCCACAGGUCUGAUCCCACUCCAUUAGGCGGUGGAAGGGGAAGUGGUAGUGGUGGCCAGUCCCACCGCGGCCACUCUCCAGGAGGUGGAGGUGGAGGUGGUAGAGGCAAGCUCCCAUCUCUUCUAUCCAACCGCAUGUACCCCGAGAGUGGGGGCUUCCAUCAGGGUUCCACCCAGGGGCCUCACGACUUUCCUGGGAGGCAUUUUGGCGGGGGCCCACGAGCUGGCCGCCAGCGAGGCCGCAAAAGACCCCUCAACAAACAGGUGAAGCCACAGCGUGAUGUCCAGAAGAAGAGGAAACAGAUGCUCACAGCAGCUGACGAACCCGAGUCAAAGAUAAAUAAGACAGAGAGGGCUGGGUCAGAGGUCCCUCAAGAGCAAGCUGAGAAAAAUGGGGAUGCCAGCGAACCAAAGGCUGCAGCUGAGGAGACAACACCUACUAAAGAGGGAGAGAAAGCUGCAACCAAACAGGAGCAAAAGAAAAAACCACAGGGCAAACAGAGUCCAGUGCAGAGUCAAGACAAGCACCCGAAAAUGAGAAAGAGACGGGGCUUCCUUGAAAGGAUGAUGUUCGCCUGCUCGGUCUGCAAAUUCCGUUCUUUCUACAAGGAUGAAAUGGAAACUCACCUUGAAAGUCGCUUCCACAAGGACCACUUCAAGUUCCUCUCAGGCCAACUGUCCAAGCCCACCACAGAUUUCUUACAGGAGUACUUGCAGAACAAGUUCACGAAAACGGAUCAAAGGGUCAGCCAGUUGGAAAACCACAAUGCUGCCAUCUGCCAGGUGUAUAAAGAGCAGGACCUCACCAGAGAUCUUGGUAUGGAGCACUUCAUGAGGAAGGUGGAAGCUGCGCAUUGUGCCGCAUGUGACCUCUUCAUCCCCAUGCAGCUACACCUGAUACAGAAACAUGUCAAGUCUCCAGACCACAACUACAACCGCAAGGCAAUGAUGGAGCAGUCAAAGAGGGCCAGUCUCUCGGUUGCUCGAAGCAUCCUUAACCACAAACUCAUUGGCAAGAAGCUGGAAAGUUACCUCAAGGGUGAAAACCCUUUUGUUGGUAACCAGGACGACCAAGAUCCAGAGGACUCCAUGUUGAUGGAUGUGUCAGAAUUGGAGUUGACCAGUGAGACAGCAGAUGGGCAAACUGAGGUAGCACAAACCACAGAGGAGCCGGUGGAACAGGGAGACGCAAGCCAAGAGGUGGCUGAGGGAGAAGCAGCAGCAGCACCACCACCAACACCACCAACAACAAUAACAGCAGCAGCGGCGGCAGAAGAAGAAGAAGAAGAGGAGGAGGAGAAGAUGGAGGAGGAGCAAGAAAUCUGUGGAGAGGAGGAGGGCUUUGAGGUUGGAGAAGAGGAGGAGGAGGAGGAGGAAGCGACAUACGUGGUACAUGAUGAGAUUGGGGAAGAGGAAUUACAGUGUGACGAAGCAGAGGAUAAAGGACUGCAGGCAACAGUUGAGGACAAAGACAAGAAUCAGGAAUGACUUUGUCUCCAUGGGUGUAAUUUCUUGACCCUGAUAUCUGUUUGGACCAGUCGGUGACUCCCACUGUCCCGUGCAACCUCAUUAAGAAAUACAAACAUGCGCUCCCACCAUUUUUCACUGACUAAUGACUCUCGGCUUAUUCAGUGUCAUUUUUUGUUGUUACGGGAACAGUUUUGCAUUUUGAGAAAUCACAUUUUUUUGCUGAUUAAUUAGAUACAGUAUUGUGGUAUUAGGAGUUAAGUUACCAUCAAGGAGCAUGUGGCCAGUGUUGUCUCUCCCCUGGAUGGGAUGCCAGUCCAUCACAGAAUGCACUUCUUGUGGUAACAUAAAACAUUUUAGACCUGAUGUGUUUCAUGGAAGAUGGAGGUAGAGCUGUUACCACAUGUACUCUCGAGCAAACACAUUGACAGUGGACCGGUCAGUCUGUCGAAUCCAUUUCUGCUCAUCAUUUUCAGAGGUGUUGGCAGAAUUGGUUUUGAUUUAGGAGAAAACCAGGCUAUUAUAUGUAAUGUUUCACUUCACAACUCAAAUGUUAUCACAAACACAUGCUGUGUCCAUUUUCUUCUUCAAAGCUAGGGUCUGUAAUUUGUUACUGUGAAGCUUAUUUUUUUUUUCUUUUAUCAAUCUCAUUUGUUGAAAUCCUGUGUUGUUGUUUUUUUUUUGUUUUUUUUUUUUUUUCUUAAAGGAAAUCAUAAACAUCCCUGUGACUGUAGCUUUUGCUAUACCAUUAUAAAUGCAAGAUAUCGUUAAAAACAGGUGAAAUGAUGGACUGGUGUGUCUGUCAAAAUCCAUUACAUCCGACCUGACUCCCUGCGCACACCCUGUGUGCCUGUGUAGACUACUGAAGCACAAACAAUAGUCAGGAGUUUGAGUGUCAUGAGAAAGUGCAACCAAAAAUCACUGUUUCACAACAGACAAUUACUUUCUAAAUUUUGAGGAUGCAGCUUUGGCAGCAUUUCCCCCCCCCCCCCAAA